CUGCCCUGAGCCUGUUCUUCUGUCGGCUGGGGACGGUCCCUCGGGGCAGCCAGGGGAAGGCACAGCCAUCGCCCUCUGUGAGCCCCUGGCAAGUCCCUCCAUGGGGCAGAGGGAUCCUGGGGGACUCAUUCCCAUACUUGGCACCUGCUUUGCCUGGAUGUGGGCCCAGGCUGCCACAGAGCGUGGCUGGAUACCAAGGUUCAUGUGCCGUGCUCGGGACAGGAGCAAACGGGGACAAAGCAGCAGGAGCUGGUCUGGGAAGCAGGACUGGGGGGAACAUCCUGCCUGAGCUCAGCGCCGUGGCUGCAGCCAACCCCAGUUCUCAGGGAAAUGGAUCUGCUUCCUGCCACAGCCCCUGCCAGCACAGCAACGAGCAAAACAGCAGCUGCUUUCCGGGCAGCCCCAGCAGAACCCGGUGCACUUCCCGAGGGCAGCGGGGCUGGGCUGCCUCAUGGGGUGAGGCUGGGGGCCAGAUAGCCCUCAGCCUGCUGCAGCUGCUGCCAGAGCAGGAGACAGCCGGUGACAGGCCUUGGCUCCAGCCCUGUGUGCCUGGGAUGGGGUUUGGCUGUGCCGAGCCUGGACCUCACCUUGUGGCUCCCAGUCAGCCCUGCUGCGGGUUGCAGUGAUGUUCCUGCUGUCAAAUCUGUCCCCAAAGUGCGAGCACGGGCAGAGAUAUCCUAGAACAUCUGUCCUAGGAAGUGUCAGGUCCUGGAGCCGUGGGCAGGAAUGCGCCCCCCGCACAUGUUGGGGCAGGAAUGCACGUCCUGAGAACCCGAGUCCCACUGCAGCAGAGCUGCCAGGGGGCAUGGCCAGGAUUUUGGGGGGAAAGUGGAGCCAGAGGACUUGGACCAGAGCAACCGGAGGUGUUUGUGGGGUCCCCAGGGAGCGGCAUCCCCGGGUGGGCUCCAGGAGCGGCGGGACGGACUGCGGGUCCCGGAGUCCUGGGCUGCGCUCCGCACCUGCCGGGCAGCGGCUCUCGCUGUCGGCGGGGCCGGGAGCGAUGUCCGGGAGCAGCGCCCAGCGUGUGCGGAUGUCCCGCCCCAGCACCGCCUGCUGCACCCGAACCCGGCACCUCCGCACUCCCGGGUGCUCCGAGCCUUGGCUCCCACCCCAGCUCCGGGCCGCUGUCCCCUGUGCGCUCUGCCUCCGGCUCUCACCGUCCCGCGUCCCCCAGGCUGCUUUCGGGCACCGCAAAUCCCGGGCAGCUCCCGCGGGCGAGCCCCGGGCCGUGCCCAGCCUGUCCCCUCCGUUCCUCUGGGGUUGUCACAGCCCCGGGAGAAUUUUCCUCAUCUCUCUCCUUCUCACGGCGCUCGGCCGCUCCUCGGGAGGUGCCCGGGCAGGAGGUUCGGGCAGGGCAGGGAGCAGCAGGCGCGAGUCUGCACAGGUACUUGGGGCUGCCAGACCUUGCUCCUCCUGGCCCGUGUCCCACCGGUGCCCGGGACCACCGUGCUGCUCCCGCCCAGCUCCGUGGGGCAGGUCCCGGGGCUGGAGGGGGGCACUGGGGUCCGGGGUCAAUGGAGGCAGCGGGCGAUGGGAGCUGCUCGGCACGUGUCUGAACAAGGCUCCCCCGGGGAAAAUGAAUGUACGUGCAGGAGCUGGGCCAAAAGCAGGCGCAGGGCCCUGGCAAGCCCCGGCUGAGCUGACUCACCGGCAGGGCUCCCUCCCGGAGCAGCGGCAGCGCGGCACCUCCGCACGGUGGGUCCCGGUCCUUCCCUGGUCAGCAGAGGCUCUGAGGCCUUAGGGUGCUGUUUUCUGGGCGGUACGGUGCAGGAUUGGACCCCGAGGUCUGGUGGUCCCAGUGGCACAGGGCUGGGGAAGGCUGAGGGUCUGCUUUGGGGUCUGCAUGUUGCUUCGUGCCAUCCCUGUAAGGCGGGGGGAGCAGGGUGGGCUGGUCUGGGUGCUGUGCAUGUGGCAGCGACCCUGAGCACAUGCCAGGAGAGAGGGAAGCAAUGCCCUGGCAUGAAUCUGCAGCAGGGAACGAGGUGCCACAGCCCCACAGCCCCACAACUGUGGAGGUGGCACCAGGGGUGGACAUGAGCAGAGGGGCAGCAAUGCCAGCGGUGGCUGCAGCCCGAGCCAGAACCUUUGGAGGUGGCCAGAGAGAAGGGAUAUGCUGGGUUUAUGGCCUGUCUCAUGAUGUGUUUAUGGUUGGGAUGGGGCAGAUGCUGCCCAGCUUUGCCCUGCCCUGCUCGGCAUGGCCGGUCCCUGCUCUGCAUCCUGGUGCCGGCAGGGUGGAGGAUCGCAGACGGACUUUGCUCUUCGAGGUGGAGCUCCCCGGGGCUCUCCCUGGCACCGCUGCCGUGUCUGCCCGCUGCCGGGGAUUGACAGCUCCUUCCCUGUUCGCUCCAGAGGCAGCGACCCAGCAGGGACCCCGUGGGGGGCAGGAUCCUGUCCGGUCCGGUUCGGCCCAGUCCUGUCCGGCCCUGGCGCUGCUUUGGUGCUGAGCCCCCCGCGUCACAUAGCAGCCACCGCAGAGCAGGGGCCGGAGAAGGGACUGGUGCCCGCCAGCGCCGCUCCAGAGAGCCAGGGCAGACGGUGCCUCUUCCCAUGGCAGCCAGUGCCCCACGUAACGCCAGCCAAACUGGACACCCCUGUCCCACGAGAGACCCCUGAGCCCAGCCCGGGCUCGCCUGUCACUGCCUGGCCCCACACCAGCCCAGAAUCCCACCGGUCACACAGGGACACACACCGCGAUGCCGCCACCAUCACGGAGCUGUGCACCGAGAACGUGCCCGAGGUGGAGCUCAUCAGCCUGCUGGGCGAGCAGCUGCCCCGCUACACGCUGCGGGCUGACACCGUGUUCGGCUAUGACCACGGCGACUGGCUGCGAGCCCCCCCCCGCCCCCUGCAGCCCGUAGCCCCCCUGACCCCCCAGCAGAUAGAGGAGACCCUGCAGUAUUUCCUCCUGUGUGCUGAGCGGGUGGUCAGGAUCACGAAGACCUACCACGAUAUUGACGCUGUCACCAACCUGCUGGAUGAGAAAGAGCGGGACCUGGAGCUAGCAGCACGCAUUGGGCAGUCCCUGUUGAAGCAGAACCGGAGCCUGACUGAGCGCAAUGAGCUCCUGGAGGAGCAGCUGGAAUUGGCCAAAGAGGAGAUCGCGCAGCUGCGCCAUGAGGUCUCCAUGCGGGAUGAGCUUCUCCACUUCUUCACCAGCACCACGGAGGAGAGCGAGCCCACCACCACCCCCUCCACACCGCUGUGCAGGCACGAGUCCUCGCUGUCCUUGCAGCAGUACUUCCAGUACGACACCUUGCAGCAGAAACUCAAGUGCCUGGAGGAGGAGAACCAGAAGCUCCGUUCGGAGGCCGACAACAUCAACGCUGAGACCCAUCAGAACGAGGACCAUGAGGAGCAGCUGAUGUUCGACUGUGUGGAUCCGUUCUCCGAAGCGAGCCAGCAAGUCGUUCACCUCCUGGAGGAGGAGCUGGAUCACAGGGCAGAGGACAUGGCACAGAAGCAGGAGGAGAUCACCCAGCUGCUGGCGCAGGUCGCGGACCUGCAGCAGAAGUGUCGCACGUACUGCUCCGAGGUGGAGGAGCUGCAGCAGCACCUGGCCGCCGAGAAGGAGGCGAAGCAGCAGCUCCGGAUGGAACUGCGGGACCUGCAGGAGAAGUACGCGGAGUGCGGCGGGAUGCUGCAGGAGGCGCAGGAGGAGGUGAAGAGCCUGCGGAGCCGCAGCCUGCCCAACAGCACCGUGAGCCGCUACAGCGCGGCCAGCCUGCUGCCCGUGGACUCGCUGGCGGCUGAGAUCAAGGGGAUGAUGAGGAAGAGGACGGACAGCUCCUCCUCGGACUACAAGAGCUACCAGCGCGUCUUCGAGACGGUGAAGGCCGUGAAGCAGGCAGCCAAAGCCAAGUCUUGUUCCGAGUCUCCCCACCACGUUCCAGGCUCCAAGCAAUUGUCUGCUGCCCACUCUGGGGGGGCCAGCACCCCGCACACCAGCUGCUCCGGCUCGGGGGAUGCCCAGAGAGCCGAGGGGGCCAGCGAGGAGUCGCGGGCAGCCCCGGGCCGGCGGGACCUGGAGGCGGCGGUGCAGCGGCUGUCGGUGCGGCAGCAGAGCCACGUCUCGGAGGAGCGCUCCUUCUUCGAGGCCGAGCGGGAACGCAAGCUCUGGCGGCUGAGAGACGGGGCGGGCUCCAGCGGCUUCCUCACCCCCGAGGGCAGCACCGUCUCCACUGGGACCAGCUACUCGGCGGGCUCGGAGAUCACUGCUGCCUCCAGCUUCUCCCUCGGCUCCCUCACCUACUUACCCGACAAACUGCAGAUCGUGAAGCCGCUGGAAGGCUCUGUGACACUCCACCACUGGCAGCAGCUGGCACAGCCCAACCUGGGCGGGAUCCUGGUGCCCCGUCCCGGGGUGCUCACCAAAGACUUCAAGCAGCUGGACGUAGACCUGGAGGAGGUGUACAGCCUCAAUGACCUGGAGGAGGAUGAUGUGGACGCCAGCUCCUUCCAGCUGCUCCCUACCUCUACACCCGCCAAAGCCAAGGAGCGCCCCAGGGUGUUCCUCUCUGUUAACAACCUUCCCCAGACCCCGUCUACCUUCACCAUCACCACCUGCCACAUCCUCCACCCCACCACUGCGAUCACCACGGUGACAUCCAGUCUCUAUCAUGCCGUCGUGCCUUCUUGUGGGCCCUUUGAGGGGCUGAGCCUCAGCAGCCCCUCACCAGAACAGACUCCCCCCACACUGGCACUUGGCCCUGGACCCCCGGACACACCCACGGGACUCUCUGGGCUCUUCCUGGGGCGAAAUUCCCACUUGGCACCAGGGACUGGAGCACGGUGGGCCCCCUCCCUCCUCUCGCAGACCCUCAGCACUCUGAGCCACAGCCCCACCCUGUGCCCAGUCAGGGUGGGCCCCCAGCCAGGAGCAGCAUCUUCAGCUGGAACCUGGUGGAGAAGCUGCAGCGCCUGGGGCUGGACCAGGUGGUGGCCAGAGGGGAGAAGUCCUGUGCCCAGCCACGGCCUAGAGGGGCCUGGGGCACCCAGAAGUGACACUGCUGCAGAGCCCCCAGGCUCAGGGUGAGACACAUCCUCUUCCUCACCCACCCAUGGGGAAACAGAGACAGGACAAGCUUCAGCCUCAGCUCCUGGUGCUGCCCCAGGUCCUUCAGCGCUCCUGGCACCAGCAUGGGGGCUUUGCCCUGGCUGCAAGGACAGAAGCCAGCACUGCUCCCCAUGUAUGGGGGGUACAGGGGGUGCUGGCUGACCCUGUCCCUGCUGGGGAGUAUGGACCCUUCACAAGAGCCAGUUUCUGGCAAUAAAAACUGUUCCUGCUUCUGCUGAGCCUGUCUGCGGAGCGAGGGGCAGCUUGGCCCGUUUGGGGCUGUCCAGAUGCUGCAGCAAAGGGUGAUGUUCAGUCUGGGCUCAGGUGUGUCCUGGGGCAACCUGCUGGGGCCAGGGGGAGACCCCUGCACCCUGGGCUGGGCCCCUGGCCAGCACCUGCACUGGACUGGCUUUUAAAGGGAAUGGUGGUUUAACUCUUUCCUGCCCACUGAAUAGCAAUAGUAGCAGCACCCACAGUUUGGCAUGUUUUGGGGGGUGCAUCUGUUGCUCCCUCCAGCUGUGUUCCUCCCUCCAAGCUGUGCCCCAACCCCUGGCAAAUAAAUGUGAAUUCACAGAGCA